UGCUCGCGGGAGCUAAAACGAGCUACGGAGACAGCCUUUUACUAGACGAGAAACCUGCACCUGCUCGACACGCUGCGUCGUGGGUGUUGGGCGUCUUCGCCACUGCGUUGCUCGACUCGUAAAUGGGAGGAGCACACCAAGCUCGCAAGCUACAGUAGGAAGCAAUCAAGCGGGCCAGGAAGCGCUGACUGACGGCCGCUACAGCUUGGAUCCAUGGGCUCCCCGCACAAAAAUCUUGGAUCCAUGGACGCCAAGACGCCGCUUCUGCUGCUUGUGACGCUGGCCAAGACGAUGGCCGCUCGUCAGCUCCAGGAAGCUACCCAGCUGGCCAGCGCUUGGGCGCUCGUCACCGCCGGACAUUUCCCCUUCUCCUACGCCUUGGGCUCCACCAUCUUCUACGCACUCUGCUACCUGCAGCUGCUGUGCCGCGAUUCAUGCGAGCAGGAGGACGUCAUGCACCGCGCCCUCUGGAUCGGGCAGUUGUACUGCGCCGCACUCCCGGCGGCCGUGGCGGCGCUGGCUCUGCUGCUCCCGUGCCGUCGCCGCCGGAUCCGCCCUGCCGUUGCCUACCUCGCGGUCGCGGUCGCCAUCGUCGGCCACUGUUUGCUGGCCAGCAUCGCGCCCCUCGCCGCCGACGCAGGACUAGGCUUGCUCGUCCCCUUGAUCGUCUACGCCGUGGCGGCGCUGGUGCUGCUACUCCCGUGCCGUUGCCGCCGGAUCUGCCAUGCCCUCGCCUACCUUGCGCUUGCGGUCGCGGUGGCGGCCGUCGUCAUCGGCUGCUGUAUUUUGGCGAGCUUCGUCCCCAUCGCCGUCGACACAGGACUAGGCAGGCUCAGGCUCAUCCUUUUGGUCGUCUACGUGGCGGUCAUGUUCACCCUUGCGGUGGGCGACCUCAGCUUCCUGGCCCUCCUCCUAGGAGGGGAAUUCCCCUGGGACUGCUGAUUGGUCAGCCCCAAGCUCAUGCCCAUGGAUCAGCUCAUGCUCAUGAGGUACUCACGUACGUACGUAACGAUCGACUUCCGGGGAAUAUUAAUAUUGAUGUGGUGCACUUCAUCUGCCUAGUAUUGGACCUUAAUUUGAUGCUGAAUUAGCCUGUUAUUUGUGUGAUCGAGAUAUGCUAGUAUUGAGUUCGUAGUAUUGAUGAACAAGCUACAUAUAUGGAGUCUGCUUUGAUGUAAUAUUGGACCUUUUUCUCUGCAUGAUCACCGGUAUAUGCCUAGCUUCGGUAUAAUUGAUGUUGCUGAAAU